CAAUCGCCAGGUGAACAAGUGAAAAUAAUAAGUAGAAGAACAUAAAUUAAAUACACAAAAUGCGCGGACAAUUGAAAGCUCUGGGAGUGGGAAGUGUGGUUCUGGCAGUGGUGCUCCUGUUUCUGGCGCGGAGUGGCGAGGCAAAGCCCAUGGACCUGUACGACGACGUGAGCGACUUCUUCGACGCCAUCUCGCUGGACGAUGUGGCCAACACCGGGCGCAACACUCAUCCGGAGCAGUUCUGCCUGAUGCCGGCGCGCAAGGGAGUCUGCCGAGCUCUAAUCCCCCGCUGGCGCUACGACCCGGAGCAGAAGAAGUGCGUGGAGUUCAAGUUCGGCGGCUGCGACGGCAACGAGAACAAUUUCUCCAGCUACAAGGACUGCAUGUCCACCUGUGAGGGCAUGUAGGGUCCUGCGGAUCGGGAUCGGGAUCAGGAUCGGCCUUCCACGGUCGAGGUGUUGCCAAAGGCGCCUGCUUUUACUUCGAACUCUGCAACGUAGCGAACCAAAGGCAGCAUAAGCAUACUCUACUCUAACACUCACGCACAUCACAAUCCAUGCGAUUAACCGUCUCUUCUACCUAAUAUUUAUGUAGUUUCUAUCAUUGAUCCAUUUAUUUUGUACUUUUUUUUGGGUAUCCGACACCCGCCACCCAAAUAGAGCUUAAGUUAUUGUGAUAAAAUAUUUUUAUGGAAUAAAGAAUUUUAUAAAACACCAAA